AGGUGUGUCAAUCAAGCGGUAAAACAGUGAGAUAUGCGUUAUUUAUUUUUCAUCCAUCCAUUUAUGUAUUUACUUUAUUUACUUAGUCAUUAUUCCACGGUCAUGUAUUUCUGACAUUGUCUUAAACUUUGACAUGUUGCUUUUUUAACAACAUAUAAUUCGGUAUGGCUUUUUUUAGUUGUCUGUUCCUGCUUUCAUCUGGUUAUAUAUGCAAAUUCUUCAACCCUUUCUUUUCUUUUCUGCAUAUUCCUGCAUGUUUUGGCAAUCAAAAGUAUUGGUUUACAGGUGCAUCUUAUGGAUGGUGAUAUUUUACAGCGCAAGGCAAAACAAAGCCAACCUCAAUAUUCAAUCGAAAACUGCUUGAAUUUACACAGACCAAAUUUCCGUUACUUGACAGAAACACACAACAACUUUAAACGUUUGUAUAAUUCAAAUUUUUCUCUCUAGGUUAGUUUGAUAUUCUUUUUAGUUAAAAUCGAAACUUAAAACUGACAGCAACAGCCUUAGUCAAUUAGAGUUGACAAUUGUUAUAGGGUGGGACUAUUAUUCGACUCAUACGAUGAAUUCAUAAUUUAUUCAUAUCAAAACUUCACCAGAAGGGAAAAUUUGCCCUUCUGUGCGAAACGAACAGAGAGAUAACGUUUUAUCCAAAUAAUCUCCGUCGAUUUCCUCAUUAUUCAUCUUGACACUUAAAGGAAAAAUGUUCCUCAAACUUUUUAAAAUUCCUUAUUCUGUGACGAUUAAUAUGCUAUUCACCUACGUGGUGAAAAGGAAAUGUUUUGAAAAAGCGAUAUAAAUGGCAAGUUAGUAUAUUCAAUCUAAUCCAUCUCAAAGAGAGAGAGAGUGAUCUGAUACCAUAGUUUUAACCGGUCGUUGAUUUAUUAAUAUUUUGAUAUUUAUUUCCCUCUUCUCACUCAAUUUCUCCGAUUCAAUUCGAGCCGCGGGUUGUUUUGAAAAAUUUUUCGACAAUCAAUAUUUAUAUCUUGCUUUGUUUGAUGCGGAAGGCUGGCACUUGCUUUAUUUAUUUAAAGUCUUCCUAGUGCUUAGUGCUUAGUGACGCUCAAUAUCCCUGAAGUUUCCUUAUCUAAAAAUCUAGAUCCCAGAGUUUUGUAGACUAAACCUUUUAGUCAAAAGUAUCUGAAAAUCAAAAGAAGAUCGGGAUAGAUAAAAGAUAUUUCUUCCAGGUUUUAAUCAAGAUAUAUCUAUCACGCCAGGUGUUUUUAUUCAAACGUUGUCAACUUGAGUAAAUUUAUUCCGACAAACCGAUCAUAAUCAAUAAGACAAUUUUCUUGUUUUGAUCAAUCGUGUGCUUUCAUCAACACGAGCAGGCUCAUUAGAGUCUUAUACCCUCAUUGACACCAGCAGCUAGAGAGAUCCCUCAGUGCUAAUGUAUUUUUCUUGUAACUUUACAAGUCGUUAAAAAUUGAUAAAACAAAUAAGGAAGGAAACGUAGCAGCAUAUUCUCUACGCUUUCCGACGGUGGACGGUGAAAUGGCUGAUCUUAUUUCUAGGAGUCUUUUCCUAAAGAUUGUGGAAAUAAGCUCAUUGAUCAUCUUGAAUGUUCUGUCCUUGACUGGAAACACAUUGGUUUGUAUUUCAGUUUACAAGAACAACAGACUUCGCACUACCACGAACUUAUACAUCAUCGCUCUAGCAGUAAGUGACUUGCUUUCCGCUGUUUUUGUCAUGCCUCUUGGAACUGGUGUACUAAUAACCAGCCAAUGGAGUUUUGGAGAGGUUCUUUGCCAGCUUCACGCUUUUUUCAGUCUUUUUGUGAUCUACGUUUCUCCUGUGACUAUGGGACUGACUGCUGUUAACAGAUAUGUGAGAAUGUGCAAAUCUGACCAACAGUAUAGAAAAUUGUUUUCAGCGCGCAAGUCACGGGCCUUGCUUAUCAUGGUUUGGUCAUUUGUUGCAUGUUAUGUCCUUGUUCCUCGCCUAACUGGUCUACAAGGCUUUGAAUUUGUUCAGGGCUAUGCACAAUGUUCCUUGGCUCAUUUUAGCGAAAGCGGAAAAAUGAUUCAUUACGGGAUCGUUCUAACACUAUUCUUCUUGGUCCCGCUAAUGUCUACCAUUAUCAGCUACAUAAAAGUUGCCAAAAUGAUCAGACAACACAACAUGGGCGCGUCUUCAACGAUUCAGAGAUCUACAGGAAACGUAGCGAUAAGUGCGCACGAGAUAAAAGUGAGUAAAUCGCUUUUUGCUGUUGUGUUUGCGUUCAUGAUCUGCUGGAUUCCAUUUUGGGUGAUUGUCAUCUUGAGGCGCUUCAAUUUGGUGGGGAAAAUGCCUCGGAGUUUUGAGUUACUCUGCAUGUUUCUCCUCUACUUUUCCAACACAAUCAAUCCUUUCAUAUAUGCUGGCAUGAAUCACUUGUUCAAACGUGAGUUCCGAAAAAUAUUAUGCUGCGAAACUAAGGGCAGAGUUGGAGUCAUUGCAACAGAAGAUGGAACACAAAGUGCAACUGUAAUCGGAAAUGCUCUAACAAGUCGAAAAGACAACUAUCACAUUCGUUCAGAUAACAGCAAUGAAGGGAAUUUUGAAGAGCUCAAAUUCACCACAGUAACUAUUUACACUGGUGAAGUUGUCUCUCAAGGAAAGCUAAACAAAAGUUUUUAAGUGCAGAAUUAAAUACAAUACUAGUACUCCUGAUGGUGCUAAGUUAUAAAUUGCUCCGAGGAAAACAAAUACUUACAAAGAUUGGUUUUCUUUGAAAGGCCAAGGUAUUAAUAGUAAACAUCUUAAGCCGAUUGGUUUUUUUGUUUUCAAUCAAACUGAUCAACUGCAUGAUUAAAAAAAAUUAUUGAAUGUAAAAAUGGCUGAUGAAAACAAUUGGACAGAUUAUGAUUAGUUUUAGCUUAAAAUUGAAGUUUUAAAUGAUAAAUACUAGGCAGUAAUUUCAUGGUUUUGAGCUCAAUCCCACCCAAAAGUAUUAAAUGAAAUGAACGAAGAGAUGAACUAACAAAUGAAUGAUUUAUUGACUAAAUAAAUGAUGUUGUCGAGGACGGUGAACGUAACCGUAAAAAGUGUAAGAGCAGAAAAAUUAAACUCGGUGUUGAAGUUUCAUAAAUCAGGUAACAAGUAACCUUUGAGAACGACUUACGAAAACUUGUUGAAUACAUCAGUAUGGAGGGUGAUAAGUAACGGGCUAAGAUGAAAAAAUUGACCAUGAAUAGAGACUUAAAUGUAAAUAGAUGUACACACUGUUUGUUUUUGUUAUAAUUGACAUACCAAUAAUUUUCACGAAACAACGAAUAAGAAUCGAACGAGCUGACCAUGAUUAGUUUGUAAAUCUUCAUGGUUAAAAGGUAAAUGAUAGAGGUAGAAAUCAAAGACUGACGCUCGAAUCAGGGUUAUAAAUAAUGGUAAUAGGACCGAGUGGAGUCCAAUUCGGUCUGUAAUCAUACGAGUGAUUAACAAAAUCGGACGACCGCGAAGCGGGAGUCCGAUUUGUUUAUCACGAGUAUGAUUACUGACAGAAUUGGACGACAAGAAAUCCUGUUUCAAAUUAAUCAUAACCAUUUCAAUUUCCGUAGAAACAAACACACCUAGAACAAAUAUCUCCAGUGGAGACCAUGUCUUUAGUUAAAUAUUCUUGCAUUUUGGAAAUUGCCUUCUUUUUCUUUGGAUAAGUGGUUGUUGCUAUGGUUAUUGUGAUAAAUUCUGUGAUUGAUGGAUUUAGCUAAGUGGACCUAGUAUGACUGUGUUCUUCUACGGUCCGAUUACAGCCAACUGUCCUAUUACAGCUGUACAGAAUGAUUAGUGAAAAAUGAAGCAGGUAAUGCACCAAUCACAUUUGAGGAAAUUGUAAUGGUUAUGAUUAAGCUCAUUACAGCACGGGUAUGCUGUAGACAGCCUAUUUCACACAGCAAUGUACAUAUGAUGUGUUUCUAUAUUAUUAUUGUAGUAAAAUAUAUCUUACACUAGUUGUACAAGGUGCUGAUAUACUUUCAGGCAUGCAGUGUGUAUCCCUUUGACGACUCUUCAUUUACAAAACGGAUGAUAUAUUGUAUAAGGGAUUACAAUUUUGUCGUGACAGUUUUCAAACUCCAAAUCUAUUAGUAAAGUGCGUUGUUGUGAUUUUAAGAUUAUUAGCACCCAUUAAUCUUUCGUGUACAGAAAUGAUAAUGUAAGAAAUAAAUUUAAUCUCGAGUGUAAAUAUAAAUGUAUAGGUACGUAAGUGACAAAGCUGUAUUCUUACCUGGUUACAGUAAAUGACGAGGGACAAAUAAUUCCUGAGCUAAAAACGUUAUUUUCCGACGUAUAACAUCAUUGAAAAAGCAACGUUUAUUUCAAUAACCACAAUAGAACCAUAACAAAACUCUGACUCUUGAUAUUGGCCUAUGAAACGUUAUCGACAAACAUCUCGUAUUCCCGUUUUAUAAUUUUGAAUAUUUUUAUCAACUUAUCACCAGUAUCUCUUUUACUGACCCGGAUUUUAGUUUUCGAAUUCGUUCAUCUAGAUGGCAAAUUACACGGAUUCUUCGGCCUGUUCAGCGUGCACCUUAUUCCUACGUAUGCUCGAUCGUGGCAACCGGUGAAAAAUUCGUAUCGCUUUCCUUGCAAAUGCUUUGGAUAAGAUCCCGUACGUAAAAGGAUGAAGGGCAGGUACAAAGCACCAAAGGAACGUAGUGGCGAGAUGAACUUGACGUGGAAAGCUGGAUGACUGAGUUGACAACUCUAACAGCUUGAUUAUAAUAGCUGCCAACCAUAGCAAAAGAACCUCCACGAUCAUUGCCAAUAACACUUGAUUUGUUCUUCUCUCUUGUAGUAGAAUUUUGAACUCAAUCUCGGUUUUAGUGUUAGUUCUUUCCAGUUGAGGAGAGGAGUGACUGUAUGAGCCUUGUCUUCUGGUCGCGUGCCAUGCAAUGACCGACACAAUGAGCAGUAUUGUGUAAAGCACCAUCGUUAUUACUGAGUUGGUGAUGUUUUCAUGCUGGUUGUUUUCCUUGCUUGAGGACAUGUAACAGAUUAAUUUCUCGGCAGAAAAUCUAAAAAUGGCCCCACCAAAGGUUAUUUGAGCGACCAAUAACGCAGCAGUAAGGACCCAAAAAAUCAUAAUCAUUCCAAUGGACCGAUCAAGAUUGAACACUUUGUUGUAAAAGGCCAUAUGAGUUACCUUGAAAUAUCGGCUUGCCGCCAUACUUGUCAACGUCAACAGAGACACCCAAAUGAAAUUCGAAAAAGUAAAUCCCUGAAUGUCGCACAAGACUUGACCAAACGGCCAUCUUCCCGCUAAGAGGGUUCCUGCUGUUGUAGGCAGGACGAGAAAUGCUGCAAAAAUGUAGCAUAUAGCCAAAGAUACGACAAACACGUUGGAUACUGUGUGAAAACGUGGAUUGGUAAACGUAACAAAACAAAUCAGUAAGUUUCCCAUUAUGGCAACAGAACUGAUAAUCAACAUCAGACCUCCUUCGAUGGCCACAGUCAAAAUAUCUCUUGAGGUCAAAGGUAUUGAGUCGUUUGAUUGGAUUGCCAUUUUUCCAGCUUUCUCCCUUCUCGAAGAUCAAACUGUGAACGUUUCUGUGAUGUGCUGAUUUGAACUUUGAUCAAAAGAUAUUCGUUGACCACCUUUCAAAAGGCAUAGAGGCCGGACUUCCGCAAGCUGCUUGGGACUCUCCUUUUCCUUCUAAAAUACCUCACUUUCAAUAUCAAUGGAAUAUUACUCCACCUUUUUUUCCUUCAAACGCGCACAAUAUUUGCGCUGUUGAUUUUAAAGGGAACUCGUCUCAAGUCACCGGUAUGUGCCCCAGUGACAAACCAACUUUAACCUAAGCCCUUCCCUACGUUUUACGUUGCUUUCAAUUUUUUCUCCCAUUUUUGCCUUUUUUUUGUUAAGUUAAUUUCUCAAGUACCUCUUAGAGAUCGUCUGAUAUACUUCACACGAAUUGCGGUUUGAAAGAGAUAAGAGCCGCCUUUAUCAAAUGGAUACUUCAGACUAUGCAUAGUAUUAGUGGAGGUCGAGUAAACAGUGUCACACGCGCAAAAACGGAAAUGUGAAUCCCUAUGUACUCUUGCCUCAUCUGCCGAAAAAUAACCAUUUACUAAGAUAGCUCUAUAUCAUUAAGACCUUUCACUGCUCUUGUAAUGAUGUUUUACCCCUAGGAAAUAUCAGUACGCGUUUAUCGUGCACAUGUGUAUAUUGUAAACAGUCAGGCAUGAAGAAACUAUUAAUUUGAGGGUUUAAACAAGCUUUGUGAAAAUUUAAUUAAUGAAGCAUGUUAUGCAAUGUAUGCGCAGUAAUUUUCAAACCAUUGUCAGUCAGUAAAUGCGUAAGAUCCGGGAGAUUUUAUCUUUUUCAGUCAACAAGAGUGCCUGCUGUAAUUAAUUACGGUGAAGCCCAAAAAAAAGGUCUGACGUUGGAGCAACGACGCCUUCUAGUUUCAAGUAUCUACAUCCCACGGCUGUCAUACUUUGCCUCAAAAGAAGAAACAUUCUGUUCUCUCUAUCGAAGUAAAAAUGAAUACAUUCGAUGUAAAUUGAACAAAAACCAGACCGCGUUCACCUUGUCAAUUGAGAGCAAUCGAGGUCAAAUUUGGACGCGUCCGUGCAUGAAAUGGGAAGAUUAAGUUUAUUUGCGGAUGGAGAAUAUAUGGAAAUCAGGAAAAGCGAUAUUGUUUGAGGGCAGUGCCGCUCCUUUCAGACUAUUUUACAACUCACAUGGCUUGUAUUUUACACCUUAAAAAUGCUCAAUAAGUUUCCGUUUCAUAGCACGUAGGUCACAAAAAAGCGAAAGAAAAAAACUUUCUGGUUUCUGAUGAUGCAUUCCACGAUUCCAGCCUCAUUGCUUCAUUGUCGGUUAAUGAACAAUGCUCUAUAUUUAGUAAAUUGAUCGCUAAAAGAGUGAAGCAAAUAAGAUAAUUACGCACAAAGUCGAAGCGAGAAUUGCACAUUGUAGAUAGCUUAUGAUAGCAUCCACCUCAGCGGAGCCACGUAAAGACAAUUUGAUUCGGCCAUCUCCAGAAAAACUUUUAGAACCGUGACAGAUAUACAAAGUUAGAAUUAGGGUUUUUUUUUAAAGGCAGUACUGUUUCCUCGUUAACGUUUUCCAUUUGUCCCUUGUAUUAGAGCAGAGCUAUCAGUAUCAUCGCUCAUAUCAAAUUAUAUGAACGCUUUUUAAAGCCGCGCUUAUGAAAAUUUUAUGCUUUUUUUCGUUAUCAAUCUAUUUUUAUUAAUAACAAUAGCAAUAACAAUCCACGCUAACUCGUCACAAAGGGUGCAAUAUUCGGCACUAAAACAUACUCGGUUUGCGCCGGCGGUCAGGACCUUCGCGUGGUAGAAUGUUUGUUUUAGUCAAAAACGGAUGACAAAACACUAAGCUAUUUUAUACCUAACAUGUGUUUACAUAUAAACCUCUUUUUAGUUUUGAGGAAUGACAAGUUAUUAAACAACUUAACAGCAGAGGCAUGCCAUGAUAGUAUUUUUUUUAAAUUUUAAGACGGUGCAUGUCGUAAUCUGGUACAAAGUCGAAAAACAUACACUCCUUAGCCCAAGUAAACACUUAUAAAAGUCGCUCAAAUUAUUUUGGAUAGAAUGUAGAUUGGAUGGAUUUUGAUCGAAUCUUUCACGAGGCAAAUUUCGCCCUGGCGAUAUCGACGUUAACACGCAGGCCGCAAUAAACUGGUCGCUCGCAAAGACGAAGAUUAUGCUGAUGUAUGCUACAAGCUGGGACUUCACAGGUUUAUUAAGAACAACAAAUCUCGGAUCAAUAUCAAAAGCUAGGUCGAGGAUUAAUCUCUACUUAUUUCAAUUAAGGUAAGAAGGAUAAGAAACUGACAGUAACACUAAAAUGUUAUCGAAGUCCAUCAUGACACCAGCCUCACCUUGAACAAACACACGAUCAUAACGAGCAAGAAAAUCAGCGAGAAAGAGGGCCUGUUUGAAAUAAUGUUUGAAGCCUUUCGCUACUCCACUUCCAGCGUUUUAUCACAAGUGUUCAGCCUGUGAUAUAUUUUAAGACGCGUGCAUUUGGUGCGAACCCACCCCAGCGUUUGGUUUGUCAAAAGAACUGAGUGCGCGCCAUUAACAUUGUCGUGCUUCGUUCGUUUAGUUCAAUGGAAUAACUUGCUAUGAAAUUCUUAAUUUCCUGAAUUUAAGGACUGAAACCGAUGAUAUAAUUGCCUUGAUAAUAAACUAAACCAAUCAAAUUUACUAAUUUGUAAGCCUAUCAUCGGAAAUACUCAUUUAUUUUGUCUCGUAUUUUUUUCUGGAAAGAGGGUUUCAUUGAAGACAAGAGGUGCUGUCAUUUAAUGAGGCCUAGGGUCGAUUAUUGUUUCAUUUAUUUUAUCGUACUUCUUUGUAAAGCAUGUGUUCUACUGGAUAUGAAAUGAAAAGCAAAGUUGUUGCCAAACUUCAUUUUGCAAGAAUGCAUCUGCUUGGAUUAAGGUCCUCUUCAAAACAAAACAACAUUAAGCAAUGCGACAAAUUGUACAGUCAGUUCUGACAAAAUCAGUGAUCCUGGUAUAAUUGUACUGUCGGAACCGAACCAAUUAAUUUACAAAGGACGCAAAAAGGUUAAAAGACUCAUUAUAUCAAGCUUUAGUGUUUGCUUUGUUCAGGUAAUCACAUCAUUUCGAGAGCAAUUUGGAAUAAAUAUGCACGAGAAAUGGUUGAUGUACUGCACGAGAAAAAACGUGAUUACUUAGCAGUACUAUUCAGAAAAAAAAAUGUGAUGGCUUUCCACGACUAUGCAGAAGCAACGCGUGCAAAUCACGUGCAAAAACUAUGUCUUUAAAUCUUGCUUAUGUCACUGUGCGUUUGUUCAAAACAACCGUGUUACUGAAAACAACAAUUUCUAUGCUGUUUUGUUUUUCUUUGGGUUUUUUUUUAGUUUAUCGUAGCUAAACAAUGUGUUACCUUAUUCUGCGCUGAAUUAACACUUUUUUGUACUGUAUUACCUGCAAACUGCAUUGCAUUAAGCAAAUCAGAAUAAAGAAUAUUUUCAGGUUUGUUAUUGAUAUUGUAACUACCAACAUAAUUAUAUAGCAGCUGUGAAUUUAAUAAAACCACAGUCGAAAGUCUUCGUAACGUACGUCCUCUACUUACCCGACUUAUAGCCCAAAAUGGAGGAGGAAAAUUUAGCACGAUUACAUAGGGAUUUGAAAAACAGAAGCCAGGGGAUUUUAGUCUUCGAAUCUUGUUUUAUGCUACUGAUUAUAUUGGCAGCGUUCCUCGGUAACUUUGUGUUGAUUUUGGCGAUAUUAAGAAAUCCAGGUCUUCGAACUGUGACAAACAUGUUUUUGGUUUGUUUGUCAGUAGCUGAUAUACUCACAGCAUCAUUGGUCAUGCCAUUCACUGCUUCCAUCUUUAUACACAGUGACUGGGUAUUCAGUGACGCGGUUUGUACAUUCCAAGGAAUUUUUGCAAUUUGCCUCGCUUGGAUCUCACUCCAUAUGGUGACUUUGAUGGCUGUUAAUCGGUAUUUCUGUGUCCUUAGACCGAGACUUUAUCGGAAAUGGUUCACCAAAAGAUUCUCCAUUGCAAUGAUUUGUGCAGUUACCAUUGCGCCCUUUGUUCUGACCAUUUCACCACUUUUCAGUGGGUUAUUUACUUACAUCUUUCGCCCGGGAAAAGCUUCUUGUUUCAUGACUUUCAAUCCGGAUAAAAGACUUGAAAAGAUGACAUAUAUUCUUUCGUUACUAUGCGUUUACACAAUUCUGCCCAUGAUUCUUAUCACUGUAUGCUAUUACAAAGUUUUCCGCAUGGUAAAAGAACAUGCCAUGGCUACAAGAAACACCAUUCGGUCACGGCAGUCUGGGAGUUUGAGCUCAGAGGAGCUUCGAAUGACCAAAAUGCUUCUUGUUCUCGUCCUUACGUUUGUAAUCUGCUGGCUUCCAGUUACAACAGUGGAUUCCAUAAAUGCAGUGCUAGGUACAGGUAGCCUUCCUCGAGGAGCCUAUGUAACCUACACUUCAUUUGUAUAUCUCAGUAGCUGUAUCAACCCGAUAGUUUGCUUAACACUCAAUGGCAAGAUUCGCCGACAGGCAAAGAAAAUUCUCUUAAUCAAAAGAACUUGGCAGGUGGCAGAUACAGAGCUGUCAAUGGAUACCACGGUUGGAUCGACUGUAGCUCGUGUUCGACAAGGUGCUGGGUUAAACAAAACACCAGGUGAUUUUACUACCUGA